UUUUACCGAGCUGUAGGCUGGGGCCGAACUCUUUGGUAAUGCCGAUCUGAUACUCUUCCUUGGGCUUUGGGCUGAUGGGCCGUCACUGCUGUUGGGCUUGUUUAGUCCGUACUCCAUCAAUACAUGUGAUCAAUAAUAGAGUAGCAUUCAUUAAUUUUGAUUGUGUAUUACGUGACAUACGACCCGUGACCAAGAUUGCAUGAUUCAAGAUUUUAUGUUAGUACCCAAAUGUUGGAAUUCAUAGCAUGUAGGCUCAUGAGCCAAACACUAGACCAUCCAUACUCCAAACUUUUAUAAGAUUUUAUAUUUUAGAUUAAGAAAAUAAACUUGUAAAUCCGGACCUCGUGAACAAUGUCGUCACCAAUAUUAGAAGAUAGAGACAGUGCGACGAUCAUUGCUGACAAUGAAUGACAAUUUACAAACAUAAAUGAAUUCUUCUAUGUGGGUGUCCUGCUACCCCCACCUCAGUUGCGUCUCCGGACUCUCCUCACCCACCCUCAGCCGUGUUUACCCAUUUUUCCUUGGUCGAGUCAAACCUAAACUCGGGAUAGGUUUGCCCCGCGCUCUCGCCCGGAUAUGUUUUUUAAAUGUUUAUUAUUAUAUUAAUAUUAUUUCUCUAAUCAUAAUAUAUGAACAAAUUAUAUUGAAAUCCUGUUUCAUUACAGUAGACCUAUUUUUAAGGAACAUAGGAGUAUUUUACGAAAGAGAUUUUAUUUGAUAUCGCAAUGUGAUUAUAAUUGGAAAGAAGACCAAAAUUGGAAUACUAAUAAUUUAUGCAUAACGUUGGAAUAAUAAUCCAAGUAAGAGAAAUCGACGUCCCUUAAUUACGUGCAUAGAAAAAGAAAGAUUUCCGAAUUAUUUCCAAAAAUCGAAAUUAAGGCAUUAAACGACGUCACCUCAUCCCUCUCACCUCCACUCCCACCGCUGCGCAGAAGGAACCCACACGAUGCCGUUUUGCGUCGCUUUCCAUCUUCACCAUGUGUUAAAGCAGCUUCUGCAGUCUCAGGAAGCCUUUUUCUCUCUCUCUCUCUAGGAAAGGAAAAUCCGAAGCGAUACAGCUCCGGUGAUGUCUACGCCGCCGCCGCUGGUGGCAAUUGAGGCUCCGACGUCAUCGCCGCCUCCACCCGGUCCUCCUUCCCCGGCGGAGCUGCUGCUUCCGCCGCCGCCUUCGGGGAAUAUCACUCCGCCGGCGAUUACGCCGACUACGGCAGCGUCAAACAACCGCGCGACGCUGGUGGCGCUGGGAGUGGGGAUAGGGAUUGGCGGAUCGAUCGUGCUGGUUUGCGUUGGUAUUUUUGUGAUUUGGUACAAGAGGAGGAGGAGGAGGAAGCGUUUUGGAGAGGACGGAUUUGGUUAUGGUCGUUCGCAGAAACAGGGGCUCAAUCCCAAAGAUGAUCCUUAUCAUGGUCCACCGUACAACAUGCCGCCUACUCCACCAUCUAACCUCAACGUCUUUGAACUUCCAAAGCCUACUCCCCCACGGGUUGUUUCGUCAAAUUCUCACCAAUCUAUGGAUGUAUCCACUACUCCACCUUUUUUUAGUAGCAGCCUGAACUCCUUAGAGGAUGUUCCACAAACAACCCUUCCUACGUGCUUGGAUUCCACAAAAACUACAUUCACUUAUGAAGAACUUGCACUUGCAACGGAUAAUUUUUCUGACUCCAACCUCCUUGGUCAAGGUGGUUUUGGAUAUGUUCAUAAGGGAGUGCUUCAUGAUGGCAGAGAUGUUGCAAUCAAGCAACUAAAGAUGGGGAGUGGUCAAGGGGAGCGUGAAUUUCAGGCAGAGGUUGAGAUUAUAAGUCGUGUUCAUCACAGCCAUCUAGUAUCACUACUUGGGCACUGCAUUUCAGGGGCUCGAAGAUUGCUUGUGUAUGAAUAUGUCGCUAAUCAAACUCUGGAGUUCCACUUACAUGGGAAGGUGUGCAAACAUCCUAUAAACUGGGCUACUAGGAUGAAAGUUGCCCUGGGGUCGGCAAAAGGAUUGGCAUAUUUGCACGAGGACUGUCAUCCUAAGAUCAUACACCGUGAUAUCAAGUCAUCUAACAUUCUUCUUGAUGAAAAUUUUGAGGCGAAGGUAGCAGAUUUCGGCCUGGCUAGGUUCUAUUCAGAUACUGAUACUCACGUCUCCACUCGGGUAAUGGGAACUUUUGGUUAUUUAGCUCCGGAAUAUGCUCUUACUGGAAAGCUGACAGAGAAGUCAGACGUCUUUUCAUUUGGCGUUGUCCUUUUGGAGCUGAUUACUGGUCGCAGGCCAAUCGAUAGAUCACAAAACUACCUUGAUGAUAACAUUAUUGAUUGGGCAAGGCCUUUGCUUUCGCAAGCUCUGGAAAAUAACAACUUUGAUUGCGUGGCUGAUCCGAGGUUGCAGAAAGAUUACGACUCUGUAGAGAUGGCUCGGAUGGUUGCUUGUGCUUCUGUCUGUGUUUGUCAUUUGGCUCGACGCAGGCCAAAGAUGAGUCAGAUAAUACUAGCUUUGGAAGGAAAGCUGCCUCUAGAUGACUUGACCGAGCCCAUUCUAUCAAGGCAGAACGUUUUAAACAAUGAUUCUCACGAUAGCUCAGACUACGACUCCUUAUAUGACACCACACAGUACAGAGAGGAUCUGAUAAAGUUCAGGAAGAUGGCAUUAGAAAGUGCUGAACACACUGUAAGUGAGUACAGCGGCCCGACUAGUGAAUUUGGCCUCCGGCCCUCCGGCUCUAGCAGCGAAGUUCUAAGAAACAUACAAGUGACAUAGUCUGCAUUUUAUUUUUGUUUAUUUUUUAUUUUUUGCUGAAGAUGUUACUUGAGAAUAACUGGCAACGGGGGAAAAAGCUGUGUAAAUUAUUUCUGAUGUGAAUUAUUUGUAGGUUAGUUGGAUAUAUUCUCACUAUGCUGCUGCUAUUUAUAACUAGCAUUCUGUUAAUCAA